AUCAUCAGGAACCAAACAAAUCACCACCAACUUUAGGAGGGAAUAUAACCAACACCAGAAGAAGUUGAAUAAUCCCGGCGGUCAACCUGAUAGGCCCCCGGCGGCCUCAUUUCAUCAUAUUCAAACGGCAAAACCGGCUACCUCCGAUGAAAUCACCACUUCCCCCAUAUUUUCGACAUCAUUUUACCCCAAAAUGAAAAGAGAAAUCACCAUGAAUUUGUAAAUCUGGUCGUAUUUCAGAUCUUCCCAUGGGUUCCAUCAUCGAAGAAGGGCAAGAGAGGGAUCUGGAAAAGGGGCUGAGGGUGUCUUCCAGUCCAAACACGCCGGCGUCGGAGCAAUGGCAGGUGGCUUCGCCCGCGUCGACGCCUAGGGCGACUCUGGUGCUCUCCAACUCAGGGAAGGCCCUGCUCGUCUCCAACUCCAGCAAGUCCCUCGUUGUCUCCAACUCCGGUAAGCGGAUUGAUCAGUCAUUCAAGAAGAAGUACGUCAAGCAGGUCACCGGACGACACAAUGACACCGAGCUCCACCUUGCUGCGCAGCGAGGAGAUGUGGCCGCUGUCAGGCAAAUUUUGGGCGAGAUUGACGCCCAAAUGGUCGGUACAUUAAGCGGCGCUGACUUUGAUGCUGAGGUGGCGGAGAUUAGGUCGGCCGUGGUGAAUGAGGUGAAUGAGUUGGGAGAGACGGCUCUGUUUACCGCAGCUGAGAAGGGGAAUCUUGAGGUGCUGCAGGAGCUGCUACCAUACACCACCAACGAGGGCAUUGCCUUGAAGAAUCGAUCCGGUUUUAAUUCGUUGCAUAUUGCUGCUAGUAAAGGUCACCAAGACAUUGUCCAGGUGCUGCUUGACUAUGACCGAGGGCUUAUCAAAACAGUCGGCCAAUCAAAUGCAACCCCCCUUAUAUCUGCAGCUACAAGAGGACAUGCAGCGGUAGUUAAAGAAUUGUUGUCAAAAGAUUCUAGCUUGUUGGAGAUAUCGAAGUCCAACGGAAAGAAUGCAUUACAUCUAGCUGCUCGGCAGGGGUAUGUAGAGAUUGUUGAAGCAUUGCUUGAGAAGGAUCCACAACUGGCACGAAGAACCGAUAAGAAAGGGCAGACUGCAUUGCAUAUGGCGGUGAAAGGACUAAGCUGUGAAGUCGUAAAAUUGCUGCUUGGGGCUGAUGCAGCUAUUGUCAUGCUUCCAGACAAGUUUGGUAAUACAGCAUUACAUGUAGCCACCCGGAAGAAGAGGGCAGAGAUAGUGGAUGAACUGUUGCGCCUUCCGGACACUAAUGUGAAUGCACUAACAAGAGACCACAAAACAGCUUUUGACAUAGCUGAAGGACUCCCGCUUUCUGCAGAGAGCUCGGAGAUAAAGGACUGCUUGACUCGUCAUGGUGCCGUCAGGGCAAAUGAACUUAACCAGCCACGAGAUGAGCUACGGAAAACUGUGACAGAGAUUAAGAAAGACAUUAACUCUCAACUGGAACAAACCCGUAAAACAAAUAGAAAUGUAAAUGGGAUCGCUAAGGAACUCCGGAAGCUCCAUAGGGAAGGGAUCAACAAUGCUACCAACUCAGUCACUGUGGUUGCUGUGCUCUUUGCAACUGUUGCAUUUGCAGCUAUUUUUACGGUUCCUGGUGGUGAUUCUGAUAGUGGGAUAGCAGUUGUGGUGAGCAGCUUGUCGUUCAAGAUCUUCUUCAUCUUUAAUGCCAUAGCAUUGUUCACAUCAUUGGCUGUUGUGGUGGUACAGAUCACAAUUGUUAGACGAGAGACAAAAUCGGAGAGGAGGGUUGUGGAGGUGAUCAAUAAAUUGAUGUGGUUGGCAUCUGUAUGCACCACCGUGGCAUUCAUCGCUUCAUCCUAUAUAGUAGUUGGUAGGCAUCACAAGUGGGCUGCGAUUCUUGUUACCUGUAUCGGGGGAGUUAUAAUGGCAGGAGUUCUUGGUACCAUGACUUACUAUGUUGUCAAGUCCAAAAGGCUUCGAAAAGCGAGGAAAAGACAGAAGUAUUCUAGGAGUGGAAACAACUCAUUUCGCCGUUCUGAUACCGAGUCAGAAGUUAACCCAUUUUAUGCCAUUUGACAAUAAUUGGCUUUUCGAAUUGGAUUUUGGGCAACUUGGAAAGAAAUCGAACAGAAGAGGGAGCUGCUUGUGUUGUGAUGUGAACUUGAUCCGGUGAAGGUGUUCUUAAGCAAAUAAUUUUCUUGGUUUCUUAGAAUCAUCAAGCCUGGUCCAUCGCCCUGAAUCUUCACAAGCAUCCGGUGAGUAUAUGGUUGGGUUAUUUCAUGGUGAAUAUAAUUUCUGGAUUUGUAAUUUUUAAAUUUUAUUCAUACAAAAAUAGCAUCUUCCCUCGUUUUAAAUGAGAAAAG